CAGAGUGUUUAAGAGAUACUGCAAUAGUAUUUGUUUCGAUCGCUGAGAUUUUGGCAUCCCUUGUAUUUUCCACCCAAGCACUGAAGCUUAUGGUGGAACCAUGGAUCUGUUUGGAGACAUAGAUGACAUUUCUUCAGAGAGUGAUGAUGACAAGCAGCCGCCUAUGCCCGGACAGCCCAUUGGUGCGAGUGGACCGCCUCCUGACCAGCAGCAGGAGGAGCCAGCUGCUGAAGCCAGAGCAGAAGUAGAGAUUCCCCGCUUCAGCUCUGACUUAGGAAAUGAAUUGUACUUUGUUAAGCUACCCAAAUUUCUCAGCAUAGAACCCAGACCCUUUGAUCCUCAGUAUUAUGAAGACGAAUUUGCAGAGGAGAAGGUGCUUGACGAGGAGGAUAGCACCAGAUUAAAGUUAAAGGUGGAAAAUACUAUUCGAUGGCGGGUACGCAGGGACGAAGGAGGAAAUGAAGUGAAAGAAAGCAACACUCGGAUAGUCAAGUGGUCAGAUGGAAGCAUGUCCCUGCACUUAGGCAGUGAAGUGUUCGAUGUCUACAAAGCCCCCCUGCAGGGCAACCAGAGCCACCUGUUCGUCAGAGAGGAUUCCGGGCUGCAGGGACAAGCCAUCUUUAAAUCCAAGCUCACCUUUAGACCUCACUCUACCGACUACGCCACUCAUAAAAAGAUGACCCUGCCGCUUGCGGACAGAUGCGCAGGGACCCAGAAGAUUAGAAUCCUGCCGAUGGCUGGCCGCGAUCCCGAAUGCCAGCGCACGGAGAAGAUUAAGAAAGAAGAAGAACGUUUGAGGGCUUCUGCUCACCAGGGGACAGUCCAUCUCCGGGAGAAGCAGAACCAGCAGAGGCCGAGUGCCCCCUACCAGGAGUCCAGUAGUGACAGCGAGGAGGAAGUUCCUUGGCUUUCAGAGGAACAGGACAGAAUCUAUUCAUCAGACAGUGAUGAAGGAUCAGAAGAAAAGUCUCAAGGAUUACCGAGCAAAGCAGCUCACCAGUGAUGAGGUGAACCCUCCAGAAACAGGAGAGCAGGGGGUGAAGAGAAAGAUGAUGACAGAAGCAUAAAACGUGUGCUCAUU